AUGCAUGGCUUCCUCCUCUUCUGUGAUCUGGCGAGUUUCGAUCGGGCAGACCAACAGCCUAAGUGGAGUAAACCAGCCGCUGGCGGCUGUGAUGUGAUGUUUGACUUAUCAGGUGUUGUACUUGGUCGCGUGUUGAAUGCCCUCCGGCACAACGUUAAUUACCCUAAAUGUCGCCUUCCCGUUCCCUUCCGGGACUCCAAACUGACGCACCUGCUGAAACCGGCACUGGCUAAAGAUCCACGUUGCAUCCUGAUAACAACCAUCUCUCUCAGUGAACCCCAAUUUACAGCCUCCUACAGAAGUCUUAAAUUAGCCUCAAGUGCUCUUGACUCCUAG